AUGGGCAACGUGAUGGAUGGUAAGUCGGUGGAGGAGCUGAGCAGCACCGAGUGCCACCAGUGGUACAAGAAGUUCAUGACCGAGUGCCCCUCCGGCCAGCUCACCCUCUACGAGUUCCGCCAGUUCUUUGGCCUCAAGAACCUGAGCCCGUCCACCAGCCAGUAUGUGGAGCAGAUGUUUGAGACCUUUGACUUCAACAAAGACGGCUACAUCGACUUCAUGGAGUACGUGGCGGCGCUCAGCCUGGUCCUCAAGGGGAAGGUGGAACAGAAGCUGCGCUGGUACUUCAAACUCUACGACGUGGAUGGCAACGGAUGCAUCGACAGGGACGAGCUGCUCACCAUCAUCCGGGCCAUCCGAGCCAUUAACCCCUGCAGCGACACGACCAUGAGUGCAGAAGAGUUCACCAAUACAGUGUUCUCCAAGAUUGAUGUCAAUGGGGAUGGGGAACUGUCCCUGGAGGAGUUCAUCGAGGGCGUCCAGAAGGACCAGAUGCUCCUGGACACGCUGACACGGAGCCUGGACCUCACCCGCAUCGUGCGCAGGCUCCAGAACGGCGAGCACGAAGAGGAGGGGGAAGGGGCCGGCGGCGGGGAGACUGAGGCGGCAGGCUGAGCCCACCGCCCGGCUGCUGGGGAGGGGAUGCGUGUUGGUGCCUGGGGUCAUCAUUGUUGUCAUACUAGAUACAGGCUCCUGAACUCAAAGCUCAGGUCGCCCCUCUGGGGUGCACGGUGGCGGCAGAUGGGCCGGGGUGGGAGUCGGGAAGGAUGGUUCCUGAACCCUGAGCAGGACUCAGCUGGUGGUGACUGCCCCCUGCUGGGCGGCCCUGGGGCCGUCCCUAGGCCCAGCUUUUCCCACCGAGUUUCUCUCUCGAGUCCCACUCUUCUAGAGCGGGGAGCUCUGACGCAGAGCUGGGCUUUCACGGACUCUGAUGGAAUCCUACAGACCCGGUGGCCACAGCCUCCACGUGGGUGCCGCGAUCACACACCGAACCCGCACCCCGGAACCCCGGAGCCUACUUGUGUGGUGCGUUGAUUGUUCCUCCCUUCCACAAGCAUUUAUUGAACACCUCCUUGGUAUGAAUGCUAGAUAUUAGACAUGCCAAGAAAAGGGUAGCCCUUACCCCCAAGGA